UACCGCAAGCGUGCGACCGUACCCUUGAGAACGACUUGGCUUUAUCUCAGGCGGUAUUGCAUGCUGCUCAAGCCUUCAUUGGCCAGCUAACGUCCGACAAGCAACAGCUUUGGGCAGGCAGCUCUAAAAUGCUUCAGAACCUCCAUCAUUCAAUCAGAUUCAACGUCAUGACCCUAGAAGAAGUUCAAUCUCAAAUCAAUACCAUGGACGACAAAGAUGUGUUGGUAUUCAUGAUUCUCAUGAGAAAACUUGAAUCCGAGACCAUAUUCGAAUCGUUCGAGAUCUCUCCUGACCCCGCCGCACUGAUCUGCUCGUAUCCUGGACCUGCUAUCACGGUUCCAGAGACGAUUGUCAAUGACGCUACCUUUUCCGCCGCACUGGCGAAUUUUCUCGUUUGCAUGGACGAUGAUGUCCUUGAUGCGGCAGCGACGAGGAGAAAAGCUGAUUCCACAGUUCCUGAAGAGAGGGACACCACUCAUCCCCGGUAUAUCACCGAACUCCUGACUGGUAUACUCCGUGGCCUCGGGAGCAUUGCCAAUGUUCCUCGCAUCCGCAAGCGGAUCAGAGAUGACGUGCUGUGGAACGAUGCAAAAUUGCCAUGGAGGCGGUCUCCGCUUUGGCUUGUCAUUCGUGUUGCUUUGCAGACAACUCUCGAACGCAACGCUCUCGGACGCACAACAUAUAAAUCAUUCUUGCUGUUCUUGAUGGCUAGGGUCACAACUCUCGCUAUCGACCAUGAGUUGUCGAAUGACAUCCUACACUUCAUGUCGGCCAAAAUCGCACGCCGUCUUUUCAAGCUUGGAACAUCUGCUUCUCCGGAGUUGUCAGAGAUGGUGGUCAAGGUCACGAGUGACGUUAAGCGUAUCUUAGAGGGAAGAUGGAGAUCUGUUCAAGACGUGCAGCAGACCUCACCUCCUUGGGCUCCCAAUACCCUCUCGGUCUUGCAGGACACUCACCUUUCCUUGAACACGAGUCGAGAGUACAUACGCCAAGCUUUGCUGAACCAGCAUUCGUCUUCCGAAUCGGCCUCGUUCAAUCCCAGCCACUGCGCACGUGGAACAAUUGAUGAUUUCCUUGACGCUGAUGCUAGCUUCCUGAUAGCUGCUCAUGCUGCAGAACCAUCCCUUUCCCUGAUAGACUUCGAGGCUGUCGUUAGAUCAGGGGUCGAUGACUGGGUAGCGCGUGUUUCAUUUGAGACCAUCGAUUCUGCAUGCGUCUCGAUCGAAGCAUGUGCCUCCGCAUACUCCUCGCGAGCGCUGGAAGCUUACGAAGGAAACCCGGAGAAUACGUCAAUGAUGCUUCUUACUCUUUUCGAGCUCUGGGUAGCCAUGGAUAAGCUCGUUCUUAAACAAAUCCCACUCCUGGCACAAUAUCCCCCUGAAGUGCCAUCGACUCUUUGGACGAAUCUCCUGAUCCGACAAUCUUCAGCUCUUGAUCGUUUAAAGCACUUGUGCGCCUACUUGGAAGUGCGUCAUUUCCAGGCUUCCAACCAUCUGUCGGUGUUAUCGUCCACCGACGAUGACAAAUCAUUCGCGGUGCAAUAUUUUUACCAGUCAUCCAUGUUGCAGAGUUUAAAGCGGAAAAUCGAGUUGGAUGCUCAGGAGGAGCGGGAGAGGAAGUUGGUUGAGCUUCGGACCCUCAACGAAAGGUACGCUGACCUUCAGAAGAACGCAGCAAGCUUGUCACAUAAAUACUAUGUCACCUCCUGGGGUUAUGAGCGCCACUGUCGGUGGUGUGACAAAUGUUGCCUGGAGGAGCAGAUGCGAUCCAUGACCAUUACAGUUCAUGAGUGGCCACUACCGCGGUAUGAAAAGCAGGCGAUCAUGGUUGUAUUCGAGCUAGCAUGUCCCAUCGCGUUCGACAUGUGGAGAUCUUUGACAUUCCAUGUUCUCGUCGACAUCUGCACUCCAGAAAAGAUUUUGCCCACUCCCCCCUUCAUCACGCUGCCGAAUUAUAGCGCCUUGCAGCAAUACCGCAAACGUCAUCCAAGGCAAAGACUGACUUUGGCGUCAGAGGCCAAACCCUUCACUGCGUGUCAUUACCAUUACCAAAAUAUUCCAACGCUGGCCGAUCGCGUCUGUGUGAACAAUGGUCUCGUAUAUCAGCCUUUUGAUAUAACCACAGAUGCAUGGAUAGGUGGCGCACUGCUGCGAUGGGAUUCCAGCAAACUAUGCACUUUCCUUCUUCCCAAGGGACCGUAUAGUUGUCUGCAGCAGUACCUCGCAGGAACGUCACACACCUCAAAUGAGGUCAUCGCCAAUCAGGCAGAUUGUCACAAGGAUAUGACCAUUCACGAGUUCAUCGCGUUCGGAGUUUUACGAAGUGGACCGCUACUGCAAUGGAUGAAUGUGUUACGGGAACUCCAGGUCCAUUUAUUAUUCGCGCAAGCCGUUUCACAGGUUGGCCCACGUUCAUCUGAUGAAGACCUUCCGUGGCACGAGGAAUUGAACAGCAUAGCAUUCCUUAGCGCACUGCUCGGAGAGCUGGAGUCCUUAAUGGCGAACGUCGAAGAAAAUUGGUUGGAAGGUAUCACGUUAAGCACCAUCAUCAUGAUUGUAUGCCGUGUCUUGUCCUUGACACAGGAAGAGAGUAUCAAAAGUCUGGGAUAUUUGUUGCUUCGAAGGAUACGAACAGCGACCUUUACGUUACUAAGGCAGCUUGCACAGAAAAUGCAAGCCAGCAAUGACGAGAAGGCGAGUCGGGAUUUACAAGGACGACUUCGUGACUAUAGCCGCUACCUUGUCGGAGCACCUUUGAUGCUAUUUGUGUACUGUGGGGUCAUGAUUUACGACAAUACUCCAAGCAACCUGCACAAUCUGCCGCAACAUUCCAAGCUACUGCUAGAACGAGACAAGAGAUGCUGCCACGCAUUAGAAGCUGCUGUUCGUCGAUAUGCAGAGAAUCACAGGGAGGGUCUCGAUUGUGCGGUAGAAGCAAUUUGGGGCAGCUAUAGACGAGGAACUCCUUGGAAGGCCCUGCCGGCUCCGAGUUCUCGUUGGCUUGUGACGCAGACCGCACCUUCCCAUUCUCAAUCACCGCAAUCUGUGCACUAUAACUUAAUUGAUGGGUGUUUGCUUGUUGAUGGGAAGCGACUGGGUAGGCUUCCGUCGACUAUAGUGGAACAUCCCAUCUACCAGACAAUUUUCGGUGAUCAAGUUCUGGACAUUGUUCCAGCUGAUAUUCCUGGAAUGGAGUAUGCGACACGCGGAAACCCUUACGGACAUCAGGUGUCUUUCGCUCUCCGCGACCCAAACGACCUCAUUGUGCAUGCGAAGCGUAUCGAACAAGGCUCGCCUAUCCUUCAACUCAUUCCGAGCCAGAAAUUCGUGGGGGACCUUCCGACGACCUUAAUAAUAGGCCAUACUCAUUGGCUCAACCUGGACACAUACGAAAUAGAGAUUCGGCCAGCGGAAUGUGCAUGGCAGUCUUCACCUGACAAUUGGGUCCUGCAAUUUGCUGUUUCAGGCCCCUCGAUGCUGCAGAAUGCCGGUGGUGCCACUCUUGUCGACAUACGCAGCCCAACGUGGGACAUGAUCUCCAAGAGGAUACGUCCUCUGGAGGAUACUUGCUACAUCAUGGUCACAUGCAACCAGCGUUCUGGUAACACUCACUUGUUGAAGGCUGAUUUACCUCGAUAUGGUCUGGAAUUCUUCAUCGACGAGGAUGGGGAACUGCAGUCCCGUAACAUGCGCAAUAUGGUCAUUGAUGACAUUCAGUCUACUGGAACGAUGUUGGGAUUGGUCAAUCAACUCGUCAUGCGUCCAAAGUCGCAAAUCAUGGACGAGUGUCCCCGCACAGUCAUCAUCCCAGAUGGUCAUAUCUCAUACGCUGUUAAUAGGCAUCACGUCCAGGUUACCAUUACAAAUGAAGGUGCCCGAGUGGCGUACCACUUGUACAGGGUUGAUACAGAUCUACGUUGUCUCACUGGGCGUGUAGGUCUAACGAACAAGCUCUAUCAGGCGCUCCUUCACGCUGUUACCAGCGGCUGUCUCCCUGAUCCUCUGACGGGUCGAACAGGGACAGAGGAGGCGUUGCAUCUUAUGCAUUCUGCAGCUUGCCGCUCUUUCAUGAAGCUUCGCGCCCGCGAUACACAUCUUUUGCGCGAAAUAAGUUCGUUGUCAACCAUGCGCGUCUGGUAUCCCACGCAUCUUCAGAAGAUGCAGACGGUUUCAUGGUCGUGUCUUUCAUCCCUUGCACAACACCACGGUUUUCAUCCAGCUGCGAAAUCUAUUAUGGACUACGGCAUGCAACUUUCAGCUUUCUCAGAAGGAUCUUCAGACCCUAAUCUUACAUUUGAUCUACCGCCACUCACCAACCACCUUCUUGAGCGUGCAUCCAUCCAUGCCUCUGUGGUCUACACUGACCAGUUUUCUCUUCCGCUUGUACUCGGUAACACAGAUGUCAUCUAUGCCUCGCGCGAUGUACCCGAUAAAGAUGCAGAAGAGAGAGCAUUUAACACCGCCUUUAUGACUCACCAGUGGCCAUGCAGGCUUCCGGUGCAACAGGAUAUUCUCCGUUUGUUGACUCAGUGGAAGAACGUCCAAGGCGUUGGUGACCCAUCGCUCAGCUUGCGAUAUUCUAAAUACUGGUUUCGGCCAUUCCACGACAUCUUCCUUUCUGCGUACGACUACUGUCGCGUUGCUACGAAAGACGACACAUUCCAGCUCGCCUUUACCCUAGCUUCGGUAUCAUAUGGCUUGUUGGACGAGCAUGCACUUAUCCCGACACUCCUAGCCUUUGCCACAGUUCCCGAAAUUCGCACCCUGGGUGACCCACCGAAGUUUGCGUCAUAUGAUCUCUCGGAUGGUUUCAUGCCUUCCAGUGCGAUAUUGGACAACAUCGUCAAUUCGUGUGUCAAAGAUUAUGAAACUAGCCAGGAGAGAUACCUACCUGCAAGGAGCUACGAAGAUGAAAUGGCUCUUGGCAGACGUCGUCAUUCAGCUUUUGAAGAUAGGUGUCGCUCUGAAAAGCAUCUCAUUCUCAACAAAGUUCAGGCUUGGCCGUGCAAAGAUCCUCCGGCACUGAAUACGCUGCAAGUGAACUGCUACGAUCUCGAUGACCUGUCAGAGAAACUUCGCCCAGUAUAUCUCAGCUGUUGGGCAAACCAUUGUCUGAAGCAACACUUGGAUGUCCUGCAGGAAACCCUCAACUCGUACCACGCCACUCAUCCUCCAUCCAACCUACCCUCACGAUACGAUCUUGAUUCCCACCUUAACGACUCUGUUGCUUCAGCAGCCUCGUCCGUUGAUGCCAAUUAUCUUUUCGCUAGAAACCCGCCUGCUAUGCGCAUGAAUGGGUCUUUCCGUUCGACUGGCGCGGCUAGCAAUAUGCCUGGGUCUUUCCUUUCGACUAGCGCGACUAGUAAUACGCCUGCCUCUGGCAGACGGAAGCUGGUAUGGCCUCACCCAUCCUUGCUGACUAAGCUACUCAAACGGUGGCAAACGCCCUCCCACACGCCACCCCACCGUGCUCUGCCCAAUUCAGAUCAGAGCGCUUUGAUCUCUCCAGACACCGUAGCCACAGUGAGGUUGCAAAAACUCAUCAGCGACUUCCGCGAUAAAGGAAGCAACAGGUUCCGCCGUAACUACGCCGAUGAUCUGGACCAGAGCAGAUUGAUGUUCUGCGAAGAAAAGAUUGUUGCCUUACCAGAUCCUGCGCCAUACACGACCGAGGCAUUGCUAGAACACCAUACUCUUCAUAACUGGCAAUUCCAAGAUGCAUUUGUAUCUAUCGUACGCGUCCUCUCUCCUGUCUCUGCUGCCGAGAAUGCAUUAUACAAUGCUGGGCUGUGGCCUCGAGUCACACCAAAUUUCCUCUUCACUCGUAUGGCUUCUGUAUCAGGAAGUUGUUUGGGGGAGGGGUGGCAUACGGUUCUUGUCAGCUUGUCGCAGAUGCUUUUGCAACUGCAGCGUUCGCGAAGGCUGUUUAUGUUUGCCGCUAGCAAAAACUGGGGCGAGUUCUUCAAGGAAUUGGAGAAUAAAGAAUGCGAGCGGUCUGAUUCGGAACCAUGCCCUGAUUGGCUUCUAAUACAGAUCGAAAGCCAGUUCUUGGCACGGCCUGUCCAAAUGAAGGUUGCGCAGGAGAUGAUAUCACCCUGCAAGGGGGGAAAUACUUCUCUCCAACUGAAUAUGGGCGAAGGGAAAUCCUACGUGAUCGUUCCUCUCGCGGCAGCCGCACUUUCCGACGGCCAUAAACUGGUUCGAGUAAUCGUGCUGAAGUCAUUAUCUGCCCAGAUGUUUCAGCUCCUGGUUGAACGAUUAAGCGGCCUUGCACAGAGGCGCAUUUUCUAUAUUCCCUUCUCCCGCGCUCUUUCCAUCGACUCAUCGAAGGUGCAAAUGUAUCGUAACCUGAUGCAAGAAUGCAUGGAUACCAAGGGCAUCUUGGUCGUGCAACCGGAUCAUAUCCUGUCAUUCCAGUUGAUGGCCGUUGACCAUCAGUUGCUCCCUCGGUCUGAAGUUGCUGAAGAUAUACUGCAGACUCAGCUGUGGCUCGAUAAUCAUACACGCGACAUCCUAGACGAAAGUGAUGAAAUUUUGCAUGUUCGCUACCAACUGGUGUACACCGUCGGCCUUCAAAGGUCGCUCCAGGGUCAUCCUGACAGGUGGACGACUACACAACAAGUUCUGAGUCUUGUUGCAAAGCACGCUGCUCGACUCAUGAAUGAAUUCCCCUCUCACUCAGAAGUGUCUAUCCGCAACCACGGAGUAUUUCCUUUCAUUCGACUUCUGCACCCCACAGCAGGUGAAGCCCUAGUCCAAUGGAUCGCACAGGAUGUUAUUAGCGGGUCACUUGAAAAUAUCAGCUUCGAUCAAGCCUCUCAUUGCGUCAAAGAAGCAGUCCACCAGUUCAUUGCCACUGAGAAUAUAUCCAACACUUGUACUUCCUUAGUGACGGAGCGCUAUAGAGGCACUACCGUCUGGCACGGCCUUCUAGUUUUGCGUGGAUUGCUGGCAUGCGGUGUCUUGGUGUAUGCCCUCAGGGAACGCCGGUGGCGCGUUGACUAUGGUCUUGCCCCAAAGCGAACGAUGUUAGCUGUUCCAUUCCGUGCUAAAGACAUGCCUUCGCUGCGGGCAGAAUUUGGCCAUCCAGAUGUCGCUGUCACUCUUACAUGCAUGUCAUACUACUAUGCAGGCCUCACGCUCCAGCAGUUGAUGAAAUGCUUCGAGCUCCUGCUGAAGCAAGACAAUCCUGCCCUCGAGUACGAAUCCUGGGUACUUGGACUUCAGUCUGUCCCAGAAAGUCUACGGCGCCUUAGCGGAAUCAACACAGAAUCUACAGACCAGCUCAACGACCUUCAGCAACUGUUCGCAUCCAACAAGGCAGUCGUAGAUUUCUACCUGUCUCAAGUUGUUUUUCCCAAGGAAGCUAAGGGUUUCCCCAGUAAGCUCGCUUGCUCCGGAUGGGAUCUCGCCCAAGAAAAAAAUCAUCUCAUAACCGGCUUUUCUGGUACAAACGACAAUCGAUAUCUAUUACCGAGCUCAAUUGUGCAGCGCGACCUUGACCACCAACGAAGCACGAAUGCUCGAGUCCUAGCCUUUCUUCUGCGCCCGGAAAACAAUCGCUACAAAUGCAUACCGCCUGGCCAAGGGGUGCAUGACUUCAUCAGUACUCUCGUCACAGAAACCCCCGAGAUUCGCGUGCUCCUAGAUGUGGGGGCGCAGAUGCUGGAAUUGAGGAAUCAAGAGUUGGCCGAAGCAUGGCUUCGAGCCACGCCCAACGCCCAAGCUGCAGUCUUUGUGAAUGACGACGAUGAACUCGUUGUUGUCAGUCUGGAUGGGACAGUCGAGCCCCUUGUGUCGUCCCCCUUUGCACAGCAGCUUGACCAAUGUGUGGUAUAUCUAGACGACGCCCACACGAGGGGAACAGACGUCAAGCUGCCUCAUAAUUUCCGGGCUGCUGUCACGCUUGGCCCCAGAGUCACGAAAGAUCGCCUGACGCAAGGAUGUAUGCGAAUGCGCAAGCUGGGCAAUGGACAAUCAGUAAUGUUCUUCGCUCCUGCCGAAGUUGACCAGAGCAUUCGUUCGGCAACGCUGAAAGCUGAUACCGAUGGUGUCAAUGUAUCAGAUAUCUUGCACUGGGCGAUGCUUGAAACUUGCAUUGAUAUUGAAAUGCGUGCAUUAUCCUGGAUCCAACAGCGAUCGGAUUUCAAUACACGACAUUGCGCAUGGACUCAAUUCUCGCACGCCCCCGCCACUUCGAUCUCUACCCUGAAGUCAGCCUGGUUGCAGCCAGAGGAACGUUCAUUGGAAGCAUUGUACGCACCACGCAGUUCCUCUGAGGUAUCCCAGUAUGUCGAUCCAGAUAUCCAAACGAAGUGCGAGGAGCUCGGGAUUCUAUCAGCUCCCAAAAGGAACAUGGACGAGGAACAAGAAAGGGAAGUAAUACAAGAAGAAGAGAGCGAGCGUCAAGUGGAGAGACCGCCUAGGGUAGAACCUGCAGCCCAGAACGUGCAUGCACACGUUCGUCAAUUCGUGAAGUCUGGCCAAAUUGCCACGGAUUCUCCCGCAUUCAUUCAAGUGUUAUCCAGCCUUCUCAACACCACUGCUGAAUUUGAUGAGCGCGAUCAGUGGUCACACAAUGUUUUAGUCACUCACGACUUCGCUCAUACGACAGGAACUAUCUCUGGCAUCCAUAAAGUGGACGACUAUUUGCGGCCCGUCAAUUGGAUUGUAUCCAGCAAUGUUGGUCACCCAAUGCUGGUAAUCAUGAGCCCUAAUGAAGUGGACGCACUACUACCUGAUAUCCGCACGAGCAAGCUGGUUCACCUGUGCAUCUACACUCCUCGCACCAUGCAAACGAUGCAGGCAUGCGACAGCCUUCGACUCUAUUGCGUUCCUUCAGCCCCACAGUGGGCACCAUCGCAAUCGCUGAUUUGCCAGCUCAACCUCUUUGCAGCCCAACUUUAUUUCUCGGAUUACAGCAUGUAUCUGCACACUUGCAACUUCUUGGGACUCAACGCGCCAGAUUUGGAGGGAGAGGACUUAGUAGCCGACAAUGACGGGUUCAUCGAGGCGGUCAAUCGCCCUUCUGCGAGAGCAUCAUGCAUGUUCCAGCGAUCCCAGCUUCCUCCACUGAAACAGUUGUUCGGGAUGAGAAGGAAAGGCAUGGGGUAUCUACCAACUCAUCUCGGAAAGAUGCUCAAUGGCCGUAUUCUCACUGAGAAGGACUUUCUAAAAUAAGUGCCACUGAGUCUAUGUACGACUGAUCACAGCAUCAUCACUUAUCUGCGAACCAAUGUAAUAUUAUUAUUUGAAAGGUUUUUUGUAAAUGUAGUCGAAUAUGACAUGUCAAUCGCAAGACUUGGGUUUCAAUGCACAACGAGAGACUGAUAGGCGGAUAAGCCUGAUGCAUUACUGCUAGUAGCAGAGGUCCAUUAUGACGAC